AUGAGGAGGACAAGUCUGUCCUCAGAGAAGGACGUGAAGUUCAUUCUCGACACCCUGGUCAAUAGCAAGUACCUCACCCGUUUCACGUUCGUGUCCACUCCGCUGACAGCCUAUGCAGGUCUGUCCCGCCUUGAGUACCGUGGCUACGACUCUGCCAGUCUCGCCGUCGAUGGCAACAAGAGGAAUGAGGUUUUUGCGUUCAAGGAGGUUGGCAAAGUCGCCAAGCUGAAGGAGCUCAUUGAGACCGGGCGGCUGGGGAAGACAUCCGAUGAAGGAUCACAUUGA